AUGCUCCAUCUGGAGACGAUCGACGAGGCGGUUGCGGCCGAGCAGCUGGCUAAGGAGAUGCAGUAUGUUGACGAGAGCAAGGCGCGUGAGAUCGAGCAGGAACUCGCGCAGAGCAAGCAGCAAGGGUACCAGCCCGUCACGGACGAGGAGUGGAAGGCACAUCACAGCUUGAACCUCAAGUUCGACUUGUAUGUUAUCCCCUUCUGCACCCUCAUCUACCUCUUCUGCGGUCUGGAUCGUGCCAACAUCGGGAAUGCCGCUACCGAUAACUUUACCCAGGACUUGGGUAUGCCUGCGACAGCCAUCAACACAGCUACAUCGUGGUUCAUCAUUACUUACGUACCUUUCAUGCCGAUUACCACGUACUUCGGCCGUCGUGUCGGCCAGCCCCUCUUCCUCGGCGUCGCUGGCUUCUGCUGGGGCAUCCUCACCCUCUCCCAAGCCUUCAUCAAGACAGAGGCGCAACUGAUCGCAAUCCGCCUGCUCGUCGGUUUCUUCGAGUCCGGCUUCUUCUCCACCGCCGCGGCGUACAUCUCCAUCUUCUAUCCCCGCUUCAACCUCGCAUUCCGCAUCUCGAUGUUCUUCUUCGCGUAUGCGAUUUCGGGUGGGUUCGGCGGCCUCAUCGCCUAUGGCGCAUUCAACAUCAGCGGCUCGCUCUAUGGCUGGCAGUACCUCUUCCUCAUCGAGGGCAGCCUUACCAUCCUCCUCGCACUGAUCACGCCCUUCUGGCUCCCCACCAGCCCCGGCACCGCCUGGUUCCUCACUCCAGCAGAGAGGCACUACGCUGAGAAGCGCAUGGUCAUGGACUCGUCUGAGAACUUGGCGGACGCGCACAGGAUCUCCAAGCGUGAUAUCUUGGAGACAUUGAAGGACUGGAAGCUGUGGAUGAUGCUUCCUUGCGCCAUGAUCACGACCAUGGGUCCGACUGGGUUCACCACGUUCUUGCCCCUCGUCGUCAAGGGAUUGGGGUAUUCCGGUGCUAUGGCGAACCUCAUGAGCGUACCCCCUUACAUCGCUGGUGCAUGCCUGGUGCUCCUGUUUUGCUGGUCCUCAGAUCGGCAUCACGAACGUUGCAUCCACAUCGUCAUUGGUCUGACUAUCGUCAUCAUUGGCCUCGCCCUCACCGUGGCACUUCCCGAGGAACAAGUGCAUGCUCGGUACGGUGCGCUCAUUGUGCUCCUAGCAGGGACGUUCAUUGCCACACCGCUGAACGCUUCUUGGCUGGCUGGCAAUACUCCGGAUCCCGGCAAGCGGGCGCUCGUACUCGCUUUCAACGGCUGGGGCAACAUCGCACAAGUGUUCAGCAGCGAGCUCUUCCAGUCGAAGUAUGGCCCGUCCUAUUCCUUUUCCAUGAAGGUCCUUCUCGGCCUGAUGAUACUCGCGUUCUUCGGGUAUUCGUUUGUGGCCAUCACGCUACGACUUGUCAAUCGCCACAGGGCGAAGAAAGUUGCACAGAUGACGCCACAGGAACUCGAGGAGGAGAAUUUGUCCGACACUCGGGUCGGCGACAAGAAACUCACGUUCGUUUACGGCACAUGA